UUGAAUUUUAUGAAAAUGGAAAGAACGCCACGUAUUUGGGGGUCAAAUAUAUCCGACCAGGUAUCCAUCCACCAUUGUUUUGAAUUUUGAUUGGACGAAGAUUUUGAUCACCAUUCUCAUUUUCGUGCUUCCCCCAACUUCUCUCGCCAACCUCCACAAUCUGGGGUUCAUCACGACGAAAUUACAAAAUCUUCCGAUCCCUGAAUUGAUCUCGCUGAUCACCUGAUUCUCCAAUCACCUUUCAACCCAACCAAUCUGAAUAUAUCCUAGGGUUUUUCAAAAACUUCAAUUUCGUAUCUUUGUUCGUUCGGAAACCCUAGCCCCCUUUCUUGUUCGGCGCGAGGUCUCUUGGAGUCCAUGUACGUUUGAAAUGAACGCUGUGAAUUUUCUUUACACGAAAAACCCUAAGUUUCGAGGGAUUUUCAACGGCCUCUGCGCUUUGAUUCUAUUCUUCUUCUUCUUCGAUCGGAGCGAAAUUCUCAAGAACCCUUUGUUAAAGAAAGCGUCUUUCGUCUCCAAAGGUAAACUCAACACCAAUGGUUUCACCCAAUUCACGCUAGUUCGUCGACACAUGAUCGAAGAAGAUGUUUCGAAGUUCGGUAAUGACACCUUGAGCAGCACUAGUACUGUCUUAUGCUCGGGUUUACAUAACCACAUCGGUUACGCUGAUCAAUGUGACUUCUUAAAAGCGAAUCCGAGCUGCUCACCUGAUGGGUUCUUUGACUACCUCAGCUUCUUUUACUGCUCCUGCAGAGACUUCAAGAUCUUGGGUUACAUGAUCCUCGGCGUUUGGCUCGUUGCCUUGUUUUAUCUCUUGGGUAACACCGCUGCUGAUUACUUUUGUUGCUCCUUGGAGAAGCUCUCUAAGCUUCUGAGGCUGCCUCCUACUCUUGCUGGCGUUACUCUGCUUCCUCUCGGGAACGGAGCGCCGGAUGUGUUUGCGAGUAUAGCUGCUUUUGUCGGUUCGGAUAAAGGUGAAGUUGGUCUUAACAGCGUCCUUGGCGGUGCUGUUUUUGUCACUUCCGUUGUUGUUGGGAUUGUUUCGCUUUGUGUUGCGGAUAUGGAAGUGAAGCUUGAUAAGAAGUGCUUUAUCAGAGACUUGAGUUUCUUCCUUUUCUCGCUUGUGUCUCUGAUGGUGAUUCUGAUGGUUGGGGAGGUGACGGUGCGGAUUGCUGUUGCGUUUGUUUCGAUAUAUGUUGUUUAUGCUUUUCUGGUGGCGGCGAAUGUGAUUCUGAGAAAGCAUGCUAAGAGGUUUAAGAUAGAGGCGAUCACUCCUUUGUUACCUAUGCAAGGGAGCGUUUUUUCGCCGAGUGUUGGAGAGGAUGUUCCGAUUCAUAGCCCGUUGAUUGAGAGUGACUCUGAGGAUGGUCCGCCUCGGCUGCUGAACUCUCUUCCUCAGUGGAUGUGGGCUUCAAACGUGGCUAUCUAUUCAAACCAUUUCGCCAGAGGUAGUAGCGUGCAAGAUGAUGACAGGCCACCUUGGGGAUGGAUUGAAGACGGUGCGGAAGCUGAGAGCUCCUUCUGUAAUAAAUUCACUUCGUUGUUGGAGAUCCCACUGACGGUUCCGAGGAAGUUAACAAUUCCAUCUGUGGAGGAAGAUACAUGGUCGAAGACAUACGCUGUGGCCAGCGUUACGUUAGCGCCUCUGCUUCUGGCGUCUCUAUGGAGUAGCCAAGACAAUGUGAGUCCACAAGCUUGUGGUGUGGCUUACUUUAUCAGCCUAGCUAUUGGCUCUACUCUUGGCUUUUUGGCUUACAAAAACACAGAACCGGAUCACCCGCCUCGGAGAUUCUUGAUCCCUUGGGUUCUCGGUGGGUUUAUCAUGAGCAUCGUAUGGUUCUACAUGAUUGCAAACGAGCUCGUUGCGCUUCUAGUAACAUUUGGUGAGAUCUACGGAAUCAACCCGUCGAUACUUGCGUUAACAGUACUCGCUUGGGGAAACUCAAUGGGCGACUUAGUAUCAAACAUUGCAUUGUCGAUGAACGGUGGGGAUGGUGUACAGAUCGCUCUAUCGGGAUGUUACGCAGGUCCAAUGUUCAACACACUGGUCGGACUCGGUAUGUCAAUGCUUCUUGGCGCAUGGUCUAAAAGUCCUGACACAUACAUGGUCCCGGAAGACAAAAGCUUGUUCUACACACUUGGGUUUCUAGUACUCGGUUUGGUUUGGGCUAUGGUGAUGCUUCCUCGCAACGACAUGCAACCUAACAAAACCUUAGGUAUUGGACUCAUUGCUCUGUAUCUGAUAUUCGUCACUUUCAGGCUCAGCUGCGCCAUGGGAUUUAUACCAUGGGCUGCUUAGAAGCUAUUAUAUGUAAACAAUGUUUCUACCUUAACCAAAACAACUAAUCAGACGCUGUAACUGUUUGUAAUAUCAAAACUUGCAAUGAUGAGCUUUCAAUAGUUUGGUUUCUUAUC